AUGACUCUGCACAUCCGGCCUCUGCGAUCACUGAGCGCGGCUCCACGAGCCCAUCUGUUCACCACUAGAUAUCCACCCAGCAUCGCCUCUCGGACCUUGAGCUCGAGAAGUCCUCUACGGAAGCGCGACGACGACAGCGCCGACAGCAAAACCAGUUCUCCCGCUUCAUCACCGGAUCCCUUCGCAUCCUUCAGCUCCUUCCGCAGCGGUCCCGCUCCUCCACGCCUCCCCAAAGAAGACCAAGAAAUAUUUGAAUCCCUGCAGCGGGCGUCGACCGGCGCAUUCUCCACGCCACGAGCAACGCCACAGAUAAACCAGUCACCUAAUUCUUCGCCGGUUGAGGCACAAGACGCACAGGCUGUCGUAGAUGCGAGGGUCGAGAAGAUCGCCUCGGAGGGCGAGUCUGGGCAGUCUACGUUCAAAGAUAAAUACGAUCGAACCAUUGAGGCGAGAGGCAAGGGCGAGGAGCUACAUCCUGAUGUUGUGCGACGUGCGCAACCCGAGUUUGAAGGUGAUGUGAACCCGAAGACGGGCGAGGUUGGAGGCCCGAAGAACGAGCCCUUGAGAUGGGGUCCGACGAGCGAGUGGACAUAUAAUGGGCGAGCUACGGACUUUUAG